AUGGGCACUGGAAGCGUCAUAGAUUCCGCAAUUGAAAGUGUAAUUGAUACACCCGAGCUAGCCGUUUCGGCGGAGAAGUUCCCGAAGUGGUUUGUGAUGACUGUGAUGGUGCUUACUGGCGUGGUCCACCUCUGGUUUUGGAAUACGAUUCUGAACCUUACUGUGACCGUGAACGGUGAAUACUUCCCUUCUCACUCGAGGUUGUCCGAUGUGCUCGCUACAGUUUUCCAGGCGUGCAAUAUCGCGGCUUUCCUUAUCACGAAUACGAUCGGUGCGCUGCGACCUUGGCUCAACACGGUGGCUGGGGUUGUGUACCUAGUGGCCUCGGUGUGCCUUCCCCUUGUGCUCCUGAUGCCCGAGACCCCGAGAUAUUACUGCUGGGUCGUCCUCGUCGGAGUCUUCGGCCUGGUCUCCGGGACGCAGCAGGUGCACCACUUCGCCAUUGCCUCAAUAUAUCCUACUGGCCAUACCACUGCCCUUGUCAGUGCCGGCCAGGGCGUCGGAGGGAUCGUCUCGUACGGCCUCUGCAUGAUUAUGGUCCAGGCUGCCAAGCUGAGUCCAAUGAACUGCGUCAUUAUACAGAUGACCCUGGGCUUCGUCUGGGCUACCUGCUCCAUAAUCGGUAUCGCGCUCUUGUCCAGCCAGCAGAGCGUGCAAGACAGCGGCGAACGCCAAAGGCUGGAGAUGGAAGCCUACGUUGCAGAGAAUGGGAAACCGAGGAUACAGGACUGGAUUCAAUGGGUCCCUCUCGUCAAUACCUUCUAUUCCUUCUUAAGCUCAUACCUCGUUUUCCCGAAUAUCGGCCCUUUCAAGUGGCCCAUGCGAGACGACAACCAAGUGAACGUUGUUAUGGGUCUCAGUCAACUGGGCCAAGUCCUAGGACGCAGCGUUCCGAAUUGGUCCAUCUUUAUCGUGUCGCUAAAGACAACCAGCAUCAGCAACGCCGUCAAGACAGUUUUGAUACCCGUGUUUGUCGUGACCGCCGUGAACAACAAUACUGUCUUUAACAGCUACUGGUUCCAAUGCAUUCUACUAUUCAUUCUCUCCUUCUCGGAAGGCUAUCUUGGCACCCUCGGCCUCGUCCAUUCUGCUAUAAGCGGCAAAGACAUAUACGCCAAAUGGAAGAUGGCCACCUUCUCAACCGGCGCCCUUGUCAUCGGCGUCGGAGUGGGACUGUGGGUCAGUCCUCUCAUCCAAAAGGCCGCCAAGAUCUAG